ACGCCGCGCGACGAUGAAGUACGUCGUCGUCAGCGGUGGCGUCGUCAGCGGCCUGGGCAAGGGCGUCACCGCGUCCUCCAUCGGCGUCCUGCUCAAGGCGUCCGGGCUGCGCGUCACGAGCGUGAAGAUCGACCCGUACAUCAACAUCGACGCGGGGACGAUGUCGCCGUUCGAACACGGCGAGACGUACGUGCUCGACGACGGCGGCGAGAGCGAUCUCGAUCUCGGGAACUACGAGCGGUUCGUGGACGUGUCGCUGACGAGAGAUCACAACAUCACGACCGGGAAGGUGUACCAGAGCGUGAUAUCGAAGGAGCGCGAGGGGAAGUAUCUCGGGAAGACGGUGCAGGUGGUGCCGCACAUCACGGAUGAGAUUCAAGACUGGAUCGAGCGCGUGGCGCACGUGCCGGUGGACGGGACGGAUAACGUGCCGGACGUGUGCGUGAUCGAGCUGGGGGGGACCGUGGGUGAUAUUGAAUCGAUGCCGUUCAUCGAGGCGCUUCGACAGUUUCAGUUUCGAGUGGGGACGGAGAACUUUUGCUUGAUUCACGUGUCGCUCGUGCCCGUCGUCGGCGCCGUCGGAGAGCAAAAGACCAAGCCGACGCAGCACUCGAUCCAGGCGUUGCGUUCGGCGGGGUUGUCGCCACACAUGCUCGCGUGUCGCUCAAAGCACCCGCUCGAGCAAAGCGUCAUGGACAAACUCGCGCUGUUCUGCCACGUGAACCCGAAGUGUAUCAUCAACUUGUGCGACGUGAGUAAUAUUUGGCACGUGCCGCUGGUGAUGCUCGAGCAGGACGCGCUGAGGAAUAUCAUGUCCCAACUGCAGCUUCCGUACGCUGAUCCGGACAUGCAGCAAUGGGAGUACCGCGCGAAAAAGUGGGACGCCGUCACGACGCCCGUCACCAUCGCACUCGUCGGAAAGUACACUGGUUUGGGCGACUCGUACUUGUCCGUCACCAAGGCUUUGCUGCACAGCUCCAUUGCGUGCGAUCGUAAACUCGACUUGUUGUGGGUCGAAGCGAGCGAUUUGGAGGAGGAAACGAAGAGCGAGGAUGUGUCCAAGUACGAAGCGGCUUGGGAGAGCGUCAAGAAGGCGCAAGGCAUCUUGGUUCCGGGUGGUUUCGGCGGUCGCGGUACCGAAGGGAAAAUGAUCGCCGCCAAGUACGCGCGCGAGAACAAGGUUCCGUACCUCGGUAUCUGCCUCGGGAUGCAGUGUAUGGUGAUUGAGUACGCGCGCAACGUUCUCGGUCUGUCGGACGCGCACUCAACGGAGAUGGAACCGGAAACGAAGAACCCGGCCGUCAUCUUUAUGCCCGAAGGGAGCAAGACGCACAUGGGCGGCACGAUGCGUCUCGGCAGUCGAAGAACCAUCUUCCAAACGCAGGAUUGCAUCUCCUCUCGCUUGUACGGAUCGGUGCCGCACGUUGACGAGCGUCACCGUCAUAGGUACGAAGUGAAUCCGGAAAUGGUGCCUCAGCUCGAGGCGGCUGGAUGCAAGUUUGUCGGCAAGGACGACACGCAGUUGCGCAUGGAGAUUUGCGAAGUCGACGGCCAUCCGUUCAUGGUUGGCUGCCAGUAUCACCCCGAGUACAAGUCUCGUCCUGGACGACCCUCUCCGCUUUUCAUGGGGCUCAUCCUCGCCGCGAGCUCUCAACUCGGUGAGUACAACUCGGACGAGGCGAUCGCCGUUCGCAAGAGCGCAGCCUAUAGCGAACACAACUCCGUGCUCACCAGUCCACUCAAGGUGCUCCGACAGAACGUCUCCCCAUCCAAGUAGACAUCGACAUCGUACACU